AUGAAGGUGAAACUGAGUCCUCUCUUUGUUAACAGCGAGAGUAGAACUAUUGGAAGGACUGUUGGUCAACGCGACACUGAUCUGUAUCUGUGUGGCUUCCUGGUGCCAGUUGACCCUGACCUCGUCACUGCCUGGGAGAAUUCAGAUUAUGCCUACGAGGAGAUACAGCAGCCCGUCCAGACUCCAGACUCAGGAAAUAAGAUGAACACGAUUUAUGCCAAUGCCAACUUUCCCACAAACACCUCUGCCUCGCCGUAUUACUCUAUUGUCAACUUUCAAAGCAGCUCUGACAAAGAUUGUGAGACAGGCGGCUGCCAGGGACAAUUUAUUCAAACUGCGUACAGAACAGCUAAAACCACCAUCACAUGUGAUCACACAGGAAACAAAUACAAGUUCUUCUGCAAAGAGAACGGUUCAAUCUGUGAGGAUAUUUUAUCAACAAAAUCCUGUCUGAAGUCAAACGGGACAUUCACUCUCACAGAAACCAACAGUGGCUUCAGCGUGUCCAUCAGUAACGUGUCCUCACGUGAUGCAGGUGUCUACCGGUGUGAAGUGGAAACACAUGAAGGAAGUUACAGAACUGCUCUCAGAAAGAUACAGCUGGAGGUUAAAGAUAUACCUAGCUUAACACGUUCUCCAACUGUUGGACAGAAUCUGACAUACUGGUGUCGAUAUCCAAAUGGUGCUCCGAUAAACAAAUUCAUCUGUAAGGGAGAAGAUCCAUCUAUAUGUCAACCUCUAGUAAGCACCGCACAGCGCAACAAGAACACUGGGAAGUUUUCCAUGAAGGAGAACAAAGAGAAGAGAAAUGUCACCAUAACAGUGAGAGAAGUAACAACAGACGACACUGGGACGUACUGGUGUGGAGCAGAAAGCACUAACAAAACACGCAGCAACCCAUUCUUCCACAAACUGGUGAUGACUGUAGGUUCUGAGGCCUUGUCUAAAGUGAAGGGAUGUGCAUCAGGAUGGGUUGAAUUCACCUGCAAAUAUCCAAAACCAAAUGUAAAAUAUCAAAGUAUUGAUGUAGUUACUCCCAAAAAAACCAUACGAAGCUUUGGGAAGAAUGUGUGGGAAAACAAAGGCAGAGUUUCCCUGUACCAUGAUACAAGAAACAAAAAGCUCAGAGUGGCCAUCAAACAACUUCAACAUGAGGACUUUGGGGACUAUCAGUGUAAAUUUCACCAACGAUCGUACUCAUCCCAGGACACAGAGGAAAUGAAAUUGGGCGUUGAGACAGACGGCUGCCAGAAACAAUUUAUUCAAACUGCGUACAGAACAGCUAAAACCACCAUCACAUGUGAUUACACAGGAAACAAAUACAAGUUCUUCUGCAAAGACAACGGUUUCAUCUGUGAGGAUAUUUUAUCAACAAAAUCCUGUCUGAAGUCAAAGGGGACAUUCACUCUCACAGAAACCAACAGUAGCUUCAGCGUGUCCAUCAGUAACGUGUCCUCACAUGAUGCUGGUGUCUACCGGUGUGGAGUGGAAACACAUGAAGGAAGUUACAGAGCUGCUCUCACAAAGAUACAGCUGGAGGUUGAAGCUACUAUUACUAAAGUCACAAAGUUUCUAACUGUUGGCCAGAAUCUGACAUACUGGUGUCGAUACCCAAAUGGUGCUCCAAUAAACAAAAUCAUCUGUAAGGGAGAAGAUCCAUCUAUAUGUGAAACUCUAGUAAGCACCGCACAGCGCAACAAGAACACUGGGAAGUUUUCCAUGAAGGAGGACAAAAACAAGAGAAAUGUCACCAUAACAGUGAGAGAAGUAACAACAGACGACACUGGGACGUACUGGUGUGGAGUAAAAAGCACUGACAAAACAGGCAGCAACAAAUUCUUCCACAAACUGGUGAUGACUGUAGCAUCACUAACAUCAACCACAACUCCUGCUUCUUCAUCCCAGUCAACUACUGUGUCUGCAGAGAGACCAGGUGACUCUCAGUUCAUCAUUACCGUGCUGGUCAUUGUAGGUGUGGUGCUGCUGCUGCUUGUGCUAAUUUUGAUCCUCAUCUACAAAUGUGGCUCUCAGGUGGUCGUUAAUGUGUUGGUCUGUGUAGCUGCACUGCUGCUGCUGCUUGUCCUAAUUUUGAUCCUUUUCUACAAACACAUGAGUAAUAACCGGUUGGCAGAAAAACACAUUCUGGACAAAGAAAACCACAUUCACAACAUUUCCAUCUUUGGAGGAAGUGAUGUGUAAAAAAGCCAAAGCAGACACUACAUAUGACUUGUAGUGAGUAUACAUGACUUCUUUUUCCUGCCUUGAAGUUAUUGUUUUUUUGUAGCUUUCAUCUUUGGUCAUUUCUGGUGAUAAUCGUCUGCAGCAGAGCCCUCCGGUCCUGGGCUGUGCACAUCCCAAUGCCAGUUGGUGUUUCUAGUAACAAUGUUUUCUAUUGCUCCUCUGUAAAAGUUGAUCCUUGACUGUACAUUGGUGGUGUUUGUUUUAGACAAUGAGUAACAAGAAAUGUUAAAAUAAUUAUGUUUGAUCUGAGCCACGUUGAGGUUGAAAUUUGAAAUCUCCACAAUUCUUGGAUGGAUUGCCAUGAAAUGUGAUUCAGGCAUUUACCGUAUGUCCCCCUCAGGAUGUCUAAUAUAUAAUUUGACCAAAUAUAUAUAUGUACAACUAAUGACAGUCCCAUCAGCCUAAAAUGAGUUGUAUUGUGAUUCAUACUCCGUAGUGCCAAUUUUACAGUAUCAAAUUUUUUUUUAAAUGUUAAUUAUCACUGGUAUAACAGCAAUAUAUUUAAAUAGAAAAUUAAUAUCAAAGAUAUUCAGCAUGCUAAAGUUACUACAUUUUUAUGUGAUUGUUGCAUCUUUCAUUGUAUUUUGAUGGCAUGUUUUUUUCUGUAGAAAAGAGUAUUGUUGAAAAAAGUGGGCAGCAUGCAGUUCCAUCUCUCACAGUGUCAAUCUUGACGCCAGAUUACCACCAGAUGGCGUUACGGUAAAAAAUAAAAAUAAA